AUGCGGCUGGGUAUACGCAUGCCUAGAGUUGCUUGUCGCACACCUAUAGGCUUCCUCGAGUGGAACCUCAGAAGCAAAGGGAGCACCUGCAGGCGGGUCCUACACAUGACAUCGCAACGCGCCAGCGGCAACUCCCAGCAGGUCCCUGCGACAUGGCUACGUCGGGUGUUGGAAGAUGACCACAAGCCGCCAAAACUCUACGCUUGGACGCCGGACAGUAUAUCAAGCGGUGCAGCCCGGCUGAAGAAGACGGCGGGAGCAAACUCAGGCGACGAUGAGCGGCGUCGCAUACACAUCCUGGGCAUCGGCAACAUGGGCCGUCUGUACGCAACAUGCCUAGCCAAGCUGGCUAAUAGGCCUCCCAUCGCCUUAGUCGUCCAUCGGAAAGAAUUAUUGGAGCAUUGGGUCUCACAGCCCGGGAUCGAGUUUACGCGCCACGGCAAGGUCGGGAAGAAUACGGAUUUCGACAUCGAGUGGUGGACGGAUGAGCAGCCAACACAAGGCCCCGUCACAGAGCCCGCUUCGGGCAGGGGGAUAAGCAAUCUCGUCGUGGCCACCAAAGCCUCAGAUGCCAUCCCACAGGUUGACAGGCUACGGGGCUAUCUGGACAGCAACUCGACUGUCGCAUUCACGCAGAACGGCAUGUGCAAGCUCUGGCCUCCCUUCGGAGAGCAAUACGUGCGAGCCCGGUUCCCGGGCGCCACGAGUCCGAGCUGGAUCGCCUGCGUCACCACGCACGGCGUCAUCUCCCUCGGGCCCUUUAGGAGCAUCCACGCCUCGCCGGCCGAUGCCUGGGUCGGUUCCGUGAUGAUGCCAAAACCAAAGCCAGAAAACAACACGGCAGGUGAAGGACCCAGUUACCUGAUCGAGCAGAUCGCCAACGCCCCGGACCUGGCCGCUCGCCGGGUAUCGAUGAAAGAGCUUUGGGUUGCGCAGCUUGAGAAGCUGGUCGUCAAUGCGGUUAUUAAUCCAUUGACUGCCGUCCUCGACUGCAAGAACGGAGAGCUCUUCGUCGAGCGUGGUGAUGGCCUGUCGGAGGUUAUCGAUAGGCUGCUCGAUGAGGCGAGCAGGACCCUCAGGGCGCUGGUGCGCGACCCGGCCAACGACGAGAUCUUCGCAGAACCGGCCACCAAAGACCGGGACGGGUACGCGUUAGAGCAUGUUGCCCGUAGACUGGCUCAGGCCCAUGAGGAGCUCGAUCGGAGAUUCGCGUUACCGCGGCUGCGGGAGAUGCUGCUCGGUGUGGCUGCCAAGGUCACGGAGAAUACGAGCUCCAUGCUGCAGGAUGUUCGGGCGGGCAAGCAGACGGAAAUUAACGAUUUCAAUGGCUGGCUUGUGGAGACGGCGAGGUAUUUGGAUGGAGAUAUCAGAUUACCGACGCACGAACGAUUGAUCGCGCUGGUUAAGGCGCGGACUACGCUUACUAGGGAGGAGAUCUGCGAGAGGCUUCUUGCAUGA